AUGAAGGUGCUCAUUACCGGCGCGUCUGGUCUGCUGGGACGCGCGGUCCAUCAGCUCUGCACCGAAAAGAGCUACGACACCAAGGCCCUCGCAUUCACCCGCUCCGAUCCCUCCAAGGGCCUCGUCAAGCUCGACCUCACCGACCCUGCCGCAGUCGAGUCGUGCCUCAAAGACUUUCAGCCCGACGUCGUUGUCCAUACCGCUGCAGAGCGACGUCCUGAUGUUGUCGAAAAUGACCCUGCCGCCUCGCACGCCAUCAAUGUUGAGGCCCCCGCCUCCAUCGCAACGCUCGCCUCGCAGCUCGACAAGCCGCCCAUCCUCAUCAACAUCUCCACCGACUAUGUCUUUGACGGCUCCAAACCUCCGUACAGCGUCGAUGAUGCCCCCAACCCGCUGAAUGCUUACGGCGUCAGCAAGCUCCAGGGCGAGCGCGCUGUGGCCGAGCAUGCAAAGCCCGGCCACUUUACCAACCUCCGCGUGCCUGUCCUCUACGGCAGGACCAUCACCAACGACGAGUCCGCCGUCAAUGUGCUUCUCAACGCUAUCCAGCCUUCUGCAAGCUCAACCUCGCCCAAAAAGUGCGAUGCAUACGCCGUCAGGUAUCCCACCAACGUCGCAGAUGUCGCAGCUGCCAUCCUCAAGCUCGCCGAGGUGCACGCCGAGUCCGCAAAGGAGCUGCCACCCAUCACCCACUUCAGCGCCAAGGAGGCCAUGACAAAGUACGACAUGUGCAUGGUUCUCAGCCGAAUCGCCAACUCGGUCGGCUUCGAAACCCGCACCGACCUCCUCGACCCAGAAUACGAGGUGGAUCCCAUGGCCGCCACCGCUCGCCCACGUCACUGCAAGCUCGACACUUCGGUGCUGGAGGAGUAUGGGGUGCCAGUUACCUACACUUCUUUCGAGGACUGGUGGCGCCCUUACCUUGCAGAAACGUUCAAAACAAAACAAGAAGAGGAAGCAAGGAUAGCCGCUGAGGCAGAGGAGAAACGACGCAAGGACGAAGAGGAGCGCAAGAAGAGAGAAGCAGAGGAGGCGGCUGAGCGCGAGCGACAAGCAAAAGAAGAGCGCCGCAUUGCUGCCGAAAAGGCCGAGGCCGAUGCCAAGGCACGAGCAGAAGCUGAACAGAAGGCCCAGCAAGAAAAGGAGGCGCAAGAGGCAGAGCGCAAACGGCAGCAAGAAGAGCAAGCAUCGCAGGCCACAGAAGGGGAAGCCUCGAACGACUCGCAAGCAUUCAAAGCAGCAGAUUCAGAGGUCAACGAAGCCACCGCACCCAGCUCCUCCACCGAGCCAGCAGACGUUCAGAACAGCAUCGACCACGAGCCAGGCUCCCCACAUCCGUCGUUCAACUCACUGAAGGCGCGGCCAACGCCACCAGCCACCUCCGGCCUGCCAUCGCCCACCAGCACGCACCCUCCUUCCUCGAUCAAAAGCGGACACCGUCCCGACACGCCUCCGCAUCCGCACGACGGCACGCCGGCACGCUCGGCGGUCCCCAUCUCCACCACCGACGCCACACCCACCGGAUCCGUCAUCGACGAGAGCCCGCUCAAUCUCGCUGCCGCGCGCGAGAGGCAACGGCUCGGCUCGACGCUUCCGCAACGCUCGCUCAGUGCAAGCAGUGCGGCGCGACUCACCUCUCUCACCGACGAGAGCACCAUGUUUGGCGGCGCAGCGCGCAAGUCGAGCGUGUCCGGCGUUUCCCACCUCGACACGGCCGCUGCAGCGUCGCGUCACGCUCCACAAGACUCGGACGAGGACGGAUACGGCCAGCCCUCGCCGCGCACCAACCAGGCGAGCUUUCAGGAUACCAUCGUCAACGGCUCCCCAACGCCAGCAGGGCGCACGUCUGCGGACGGCAAUGCGGCGAGAAUGUCGGGCUCGAUCGGCUCGCUCGGCUCCUCGGCCCCCUCGCGCAUCUCUGCGGACGCCGAGCGCGCUCAGCCAGCUACCAGCAGCGGUGCUUUGCCCGCAUCGACAACGCAGCCGCGUCUGUACCACCGCCCCUCGUUCGAUCAGCUGCAAGACGCACGCGACCGCGAAGCGUACGAGCGGUUGCAUCGGCGCAACUGGACGUUCACCAUCAAGGUGGGCGACCCGCAGCGCAUCGGUGACCCCAUGACGGCGCACAUCGUCUACACCGUACGCACGCACACCGACUGUCCGAACUUUGGCUCGCCUCACUUUUCGGCGCUGCGGCGCUACCGCGACUUUCGCUGGCUGCACGCUGCGCUGGUGCAGAACAAUCCGGGCAUCAUCGUGCCGCCCGUGCCCGAGAAGGUGUCGAUCGGACGCUUCAAUGCCGAGCUCGUCGAGGCGCGCAGGAUCGGCCUCGAGACGUGCAUCAAUAAGAUCGCCAACCACCCGCUGCUGCAGCAGGACGACGACUUUCGGCUCUUCCUCGAGUCGGAGAACUUUGCGGCGGACGUCAAGCAGCGCGACAUGGUCAAGGGGCCCAUUGUGACGCCGGAGCAGAAGACGUACAAGAGCUGGGGCAGCGCAUUGCUGGGUAGCGUUGUGCCGUCCACUUCGUCGCUCUCGUCGGGGGCGCUAAGUGCGUACAGCUUCGAGGAGACGGACGAGUGGUUCAACGAGCAGAAGAUGUACCUCGACUCGCUCGAGAAUGCGCUCAAGGGGAUGGUCAAGGCGGUGUCGGCGCUGAGUACGCAGCGCAAGCACAUGGUGCAGUCGAUGCACGAUCUGACCAACGUGCUGACGACGCUGUCGGGGAGCAGUUUGAGCCGCUCGCUCAGCACGUGUUUCGCCGGGCUCGCCGAAGUCAAGCGCCGCGCCAUGGAGCUGGAAGAUGCACAGGCGGAGGCGGACGUUCGACAGCUGGGCACCACCAUGUACGAGUACGAACGUGUGGUGGGUAGCGUGCGCAAGGCGUUUAAGGUUCGUACCGAGGUGUGGGCGAAGUCGGCGCGCCAGGCAGACGAGCUGCGCAAGACACGUGUGCGGUUUGACAAGUACAAGGCGACCAACCCUUCUGCUGGCGGCGCACAGUUCCAGAGCCUCCUGGCCGAGGUCACCGAAGCAGAGAGCCGCGCACUCGAGGCUCAAAGGCUCUUCGAUACGGUUUCGGCCAGGUGCAAGGACGAGAUGGAGAGACUCGAUUUGGAGAGGGUGCUCGACUUUAAGCGUGCGGUCGCGGCGUGGCUGAAGGAUAUGAUUGCACGGCAGGAGGAGGUGGUCGCCGAGUGGAUCGCGUAUACCAACCUGCUCGGAAGACAGACGGGCGUCCAGGUGCUGGCUGCGCCCGAGACGCAAGGUGGUGAACAACAGCAGCAGCAACCGACGGCACAGCAACAAGAUCAGCAGCAGCAGCAGCAGCAACCGCAACCCGCAUCACAGCUGGCCUCUGCUCAGGCCGAAUCUCAGGAAGAGGCGGCGGCAUCUGGCAAUGCGCUGGAGGCGUCUUCGGAGGCGCCGUCGUCGGCCACGGAGGCACCAGCUGCUGUAGACGCGGUAAUCCCAACGACCGCGUCCGAGCCGGCCAGCGGCACCAAUGCCGGCGAAGCACAAUCUGCGACCGCGGAGGAAGCAACCGAGGCUGUCAACGAAGCGUCUUCACCUGCUAUUGCCGACGCACCCGCAGACGAGCCUUCCCCUGCUGCCGAAGACCCAACCCAGCCCACCGAAGCUUAG